UAAGCUUAGUCGAGUACAUUUCACAGUAGGACCUAAACAUUAACACAGAUCAGAUGGGACAGAUGGCGUGCUAGCGACGUGCGUAAAAAUGAGAAAAGUUGAAAGUUUUUUUCCGCAUUGAAAUCUCUACGGACUACAUCAACAUAACAAAUAACAUAUAAAAACAGACAAGUGUCUUUAAACUAAAUACCACUAUGGAAGCCCUACAGAGGAGAGUGAUUCAGGAGGACACGGUUCUGUACAAACUCUUCUUGAUCCAGUCAGACAGUUCAGUUUCACAGCAGACUGAGGAACAGCUCACACGCCGAAUAGAGGAGAUUUUGGCAAAGGUUGCCCCACUCUUGAUACAAAACAUCUGGCAGCAUCAGUCAUUCAACCUCAAGUAUCAUCCUGAGAAAGGUGGAGUCCCGGCUUACAUUGGAGGUCGCACUCAGUUUGGGGACAAUGUGGAGGACGAGUGGUUUAUCGUUUACCUCCUGCAGCAAAUUACAGAAGCCUUCCCGGAGCUCGCAGCCAGAGUUGAGGACAAUGAUGGAGAGUUUCUUCUGAUUGAGGCAGCAGAUUAUCUUCCCAAAUGGCUGAAUCCAGACAACAGUGAGAACAGAGUCUUUCUUUAUAAGGGUACAUUGCAUAUUCUGCCCUGUCCCUCCAAAUCCAGUCCAGUGGGGAUUUCAAAAGAUGUGGUGCCAAGUGUGGCACAAGCUCUGGCACUGCUCUCCACCCACCCAGAGUGCUGUCAGGCAAGCCCCGGGAUUUGUUCAGUCCUAAAGAAGCGAUUAGACGGGUACCCAGAGAAGAUUAAAGCUAGCCUCCAUCGUGCCCACUGCUUCAUACCAUCGGGUAUCGCCAUGGUGUUAGCCCAACGACCAGACCUGGUCGCCCCUGCAGUGUCAGCGUUCUACCUGCGGGAUCCAGUAGAUCUACAGGCGUGUCGAAGCUUCAAGACCUUUCCUCCUGAUACAAGAGUCCUCACCUCGGUGACAUUCACCCGUUGCCUGUAUGCCCAGCUGCAGCAGCAACAGUUUACCCCAGACCGGAGGAGCGGCUUCACCCUGCCUCCUUGCUCUCACCCCCAGUACAAAUCCCAAGAGCUCGGCAUGAAACUGGCCCAUGGCUUUGAGAUCCUGUGCUCUAAGUGCAGGAUGCCAUCAUCAGAGCCUGAUGCCCCCGUCAGUUGUAACCCUCAGUGGAAAGGCUUUAUUGACAGUCUGAAAAGGAAUGGCUACUUCAGAGGAGAACUGGAAGGUUCGGCUAAUUACAGAGAACUGACGAGAUCUGCGGAAAACUUUUUCAAACAGUAUGUUGCCUCAAAAUCAAGUGUUUUGUCCCCCGGGGAGGAGGUUCUCCAGCUGCUGCACAGCUGCAGUCCUUUCAACUUGGAAGAGUUGAAGAAACAAGAGUCACAGCUCCCUCAAGAGGACAGUGACAGCUGGCUGGAUAUCACAACUCAAGAUUUGGAGUGUAUGUUGCAAGAGAGGAGUGGGAGGAGAGCUGAUGUUGGCAGCCAAAACACCAGUUCUACUAAACAGACACAGUAUGUCGGGGUUGCAGAGGAGAGGAAAAAGGAGAAAGAGGACAACAAGGAGGAAGAGGACGUCAAUUACAGCCUAGUAGCAGUCAGUCAGGGAAUGAAGAACUUCCUCAACGCCAUGUCGUCGCAUGAGGGUGCUGAACUGCCCUGGAGCAGUUUAACCCAGCCUUUUAGUUUUGAGCCUGACUCCAUGGCCAACGCAUUGGACAGACUGCUAGGAAGCAAAGAAGAAGAGCUGGAUUCAGAUGAUCUAGAUGAUGAUGAUGAUGAUGAUUAUGAGGAGGAGGAGGAGGAGGAAGAGGAGGGGGAUGAGAAAGAAGAAGCGUCCUCUGGUUACACAGAGAUGAACGGGACAGAAACUUUGGACAAUCUCAGAAGAUACAUGGACCAAAUGGAUCAGGAGCUGAUGACCACUAAUUUAGGACAAAGCUUCAAUCUGACGAAUAACAACAAGGCAGGCUUGAACAAUGGCUCCCCUCCCUCUGCUACGGACGGACCCCCGGGACAUGGAGGGGCAGAAGACACUGAGGAGGAGAUUCAGCCUCUCGACGUCGACCUCAAUCUGGUCACAAACCUGCUGGAGUCCCUCAGCUGCCAGGCCGGGCUGGCCGGACCGGCUUCUAACCUGCUGCAGAGUCUGGGUAUACACCUACCGCCCAACUCUGACCCCUCAUAAAUGGACCAGAAGGGGACUUCUGUUAGCAAAGCACUCAUAGAUGUCAAAGGUGUCCUGAAGAGAUUUUAUAGUGAACAAACCCAGUUUUGUUUACAUUAAAUGUUUCUCACUGCAAUGUAUUGUGUGCACUGUAAAACUAUUAUUAAGAAAUGAUAAGCACAUUGGGUGGAUUGUGUUUUAAAACUGCAUUGUUUGUAGUUUACUGGUGAAGUACAAAAGUGGAAAGGAAAGAAAGAAACAAAGCUUAUACAUGUGCACAAGAUACAUUAAGGUAACAUUAAUUAAUAAUGCACCUAACCAAAUUGACAUAAUUAAAUUAUGUACAGGAUUUGACAAUGUUUUUCCAGUGGAUUUUUUUCCUGUUUGGUCUAUUUUAGCGUACAAAUUGUGGUGUGUACAUACUAUAUACAAAAUUUCAUUUUUUAAUAGGAUGUGUAAUAACAAAAGCAUUUAUCUCCAGUUUUGCUUGCAGUAUAGAAACGGAUUUUGUAUGUCUGUUUCCAUGAAUCUUUGUCAGGUUUUCUUUUUUUUCCUUAAUCCCAAAAAAAACAAGUCUCUAUUGAGUAUUUAGUUAAAAAAUAUGGCAGGAUUCCUGCUACAGAAAACAUAACCGAAAAAAGCGCCUCACUCAGUGAUCAGGUUUACAGAUGUUUAUUAAUACAUGCUGCUUUGUGUACUGUAAGUCAUUUUUUGACCGCACUUACCCUUUCUUACUCGUUAGAAACAGAAUACAUAUUUUUGCAAAUACCUUUUUUUCAGUGUC